UUACAGCGGGAUCACGUGAGUGCUACUGGAAAUAACAUGGCUGCACAUAACGUUGCACAAAAUCACCCUCGGAUGGCUUUCUGUGUCUGACUGUGUCUAUCUGAACCUACCGGAGCAGGAAACGAGCGGCCUCAGAGAGACGCGCCUCACUGGUCUGCGUUUAAGAGCGUCUUGACGCCACGUCCUGCGCACCGCCGAUGGGGAAGCGAAACUUCGCCUUCUGCACUGGCUGCUAGCUACAAGUUGGGAGAGAUAGGUCCUCUGCAGAACCCUCGCGAGAGACGAACUGCACCACAUAAAUGUAGGGCUCUUGUAGUCCUGCGUUUAUAACCCAAUGGAAGUGUGAGUGGGGGAGGGGGGGGCGCUGCAUGCAUCCGGACCGCGCGUGAGUUUUGGGCAGACAUCGGACCUUCACCAUGGAGUGGCUGCUGCCAGCGGUGGAGCGGGACCUGGGGAUCGACCGGCGCCAGCUGGGCCCGGGGCCGAGCCCCCAUGAGCUGGUGGCCCUGGUGCCCGCCCGCUGGGUGACGGGGCUGCGGGAGAGGAGGCUGCCGCGCUGCCCGCGCUUCGACAGCAUCAGCGAUGGCGAGGUCCGCACGUACCUCCAGCGCUCCCAAGCCAAGCUGCCCCCCGGCUGGACCCGGGUGUGCGUCCAGGGCCUGAGGAAGAGCCGGCUGGGCUACCGGCUGGCCAGGGACCCUGGGUACCAGGGAGAGGGCGCCAUGCCGCCGGACUCCUUCAUGAGGACCAUGCUCUGUGUGUCUCAGCAGAAUGUCAGGAACCUCUGGCGCGAUGCCCACCGUGAGCGCGUGCAGCCGUACGCCGGCGCCGCUCAGCAGACGCAGAUCACCGCCCUCGACGCCGUGCGUCAAGCGCUGCAGAAGCUCUUCAACUCCUCCUUCAUCUCCACGGACAAAGUGUCUCCGUCCCUCUCCCCGGCCCGAGAAAAGGACAAAGAAAGCCCCUUCCAGUCGGCCGCGGCCCCGUCCCACAGGUCCCCGGGAGCCCCCCUGUGUCCCAACGUCCUGCGGGCCGAGUGUCUCCUGGAGACGGCCGAGGUGCUCUACGUGGUGCUGCCCUACAGCCAGUACUCCCUGCACGACGUCGUCUCCUACAGCCCCGCCAAGCUGGCCAACAGCCACGCCAAGGUGCUGUUCAUCCUGUACCAGGUGCUCACGGCGCUGCAGGCCUGCCACGCGGCGGGGCUGUCCGUCGGGGAGCUGUCCCUGCAGGACAUCGCCGUGGACGACCAGCUGUGCAGCCGGCUCCGCCUCAACCUGGCGCACUAUGAGGACGCGGGCGUCGCCGGCGGGGCGGACGGCUGCGUCGCGGCGGGCCGACGAGGGCCUCGGAACGUCCCGCCGUCGGACGCUGUGUGUGUGAGCGGGGGCGACCGGGCCCUGUGCGGGGACUGCUUCGACGGGCUGAAGGCGCUGGUGCUGGACUGGGUCCACGGCCGCGUCAGCAACUUCUGCUACCUGAUGGAGCUGAACCGGCUGGUGGGGCGGCGGGCGGGGGACCCCAACUACCACCCGGUGCUGCCCUGGGUGGCGGACUUCACCGUGCCCUUCGGCCGCUUCCGGGACCUGCGCAGGUCCAAGUUCCGGCUGAACAAGGGCGACAAGCAGCUGGACUUCACCUACGAGAUGACCAAAGAGGCCCUGGCGGCCGCGGGGGGCAACGGGCCGGGGGGCUGCGGCGUGGGCGGGGACUUGGGCGGGGGCGGCGGCGGCGGCGGGGCUGGCCCGUCGGACCACCUCCACGUGCCGCACCACAUCUCGGACGUGCUGUCGGACAUCACGUACUACGUGUACAAGGCGCGGCAGACGCCCAAGCCGGUGCUGUGCAGCCACGUGCGCUCCCAGUGGGAGCCCAACGAGUACCCGGCCAGCAUGGAGCGCAUGCAGAGCUGGACCCCCGACGAGUGCAUCCCCGAGUUCUACACGGACCCCUCCAUAUUCCGCUCGGUCCACGCCGACAUGCCGGACCUGGACGUGCCGGCGUGGUGUAGCUCCUGCGAGGACUUCAUCGAGGUGCACCGGGGCAUGCUGGAGAGCAGGGAGGUGUCCCAGCACCUGCACCACUGGAUCGACCUCACCUUCGGCCACAAGCUGUCGGGGAAGGAGGCGGUCAAGGCCAAGAACGUGUGUCUGCACCUGGUGGACAACCACACCAACCUCACCAGCUUCGGGGUGGUGCAGCUGUUCGACCAGCCCCACCCGCCCCGCCUCCACCCGUACCAGUACGCCCCGCCGGAGCCCCCUCUCCUGGGCCUCGCCACGCAGCUCGACGUGCAGGUCCGCCCGACGAAGACCCUGACGGACGCUGUGGACGGCACGGUGCAGGAGACGGCGGGGUGCGAGUCCAGCGGCUGGACCAUGGUGGACCGUGACGAAGACCUGGAGCAAGGGAUGGAAGCCCUGGACUCGUUGGGCUCUGUCGGGGCCUCUGGCUCGGGGGCCACCUCGGCGCCGCUGCCGUGCAUGCACACCGCCGGAGGGAAGAUGGCAGGCGAACACCCGGCCCUCAUCAUCUCCCAGUCCCCGAGUUCACUGCCCGGGGAGGGCCGGGGCAGCAGCACUGGUGGCCUGGGUCCGAGCUUCCGUAGCGCGAUGCUGCAGAAAGGAGGCGCAUCGGGCAAGAAGCACGCAGAGGGGAGCGCGACCGUCGCCAACGCCGACGACUUUAAGAUCAUCCUGCCGGAGGGAUUCAACCCCCUGCAGCCCCUGGAAGAGCUGGAGAAGCUGAACAACUUCCUGGUGAAGAGCCUUCAUGCGGAGGUACCACAUCGCAUGGAGCCCGGGAACGAGACGAGGGCACCGAGGACAGUGGGCCAGUCCUUGACCUCGGUAACGGAACUCUUUCAGAGAGACAUUCAGGCGCUUGGCGUGGUCAUCGCCGAGAUAUUCUACUCCCCCAAGCUGAGGGGCCUGGCGCCGGGCGCCCCGCUCAGAGAUCGCUUCCAGGCUGUGAAGAAGCUCUGCUCUUCCAACCUGCGCGACGUGCCCCUGUCCCUGCACCACGCCCUGGAGAACCUCCUGUUGAUCCGGAAGCACUCUGGGAGAGCGAGCGCGGAGCUCGCGCAGGGCUCCGGUCCGCUGCUCUUCAAUUACGAGCCGAUCCACGAGGGCCUGCCUCCUCCCAGUCCCUGCCUGCUGCUGAACCCCGUCGUCACCCCCUUCCCCUUCCCGACGUACUUCCCGGCCCUGCACCAGUUCAUCUUCUCCUACCACCACAAGAUGGAGACGGCCUGUGGCCUCCAGGGCAGGGACGUGGUGUUCCAGCUCUGGCAGCAGCUGGAGACUCUCCUCCUGGGGAACAUCAACGCAGAAGGUCUGGAGAUCCUCCUGCCGUUCGUCCUGUCCCUGAUGCUGGAGGAGUCCACCGCCGUCUACGCCGCCUGGUACAUGUUCGAGCCCAUCGCCCGCGUGCUGGGCCCCAGGAACGCCACCAAGUUCCUGCUGAAGCCCCUGGUCAGCGUCUACGAGAACCCGCGGUGCCUGCGCGGGCGCUUCUACCUGUACACAGACUGCUUCGUCCUGCAGCUCAUCGCCCGGCUGGGCCUGCAGGCCUUCCUGUCCAGCCUGCUGCCCCACGUGCUGCAGGUCAUGACGGGCUUCGAGGGCUGCACCGCCGGCUCGGGGGCGGGGGAGGGGAAGCGCCUGAGGGGCGGGACGUGCACCCUGGGGGAGGAGGAAGAGGAGGAAGACUACCAGUGCAGCGAGGGGCGCGCGUCGUCGGGGUCCGUCACUGGGAAGGUGGGGGGCGGCGGCAGCGUCGGCGUCGGGGUGGGCGGGGACACGGGGCUGGUGGACUACUCCUCGGGGCUCAGCCUCAACGACCAGGUGUUCCUCUCCGAGGGCGAGGACUUCCAGAACGGCUUCUACGUCAACAGCGGGGCGGGCGGAGGCGGUGGCGGUGGCGGCGCUGCCGGGAAGCAGCACGGCCAGAGCUCGGCCGGAGCCAAGGAGCAAGACCAGGAGUCGAUGAGCGUGGGCAAGCUCAGCGACAAGAGCAGCGCCAGCGAGCUGUCCAUCGGGGACGGGGACUCGACGCGGGACCGGGCCAGCCUCCGCUCGGCCGACAGCAGCCAGGACCUGAAGCCCGCCAGCGAGGGAGAGGACGUGGGGGAGCUGGAGGAGGAGGAGACCCCGGAGACGGCCGAGGGCCGAGAGCUCCCCGACGACCCCGCCGGGGAGCUCUCGCUCUCCGGCGGCACCGAGGACACCGUGGGCACCCUGGAGGAGGAGUUCCUGAACGGGAUGACGCUGGAGGAGUCUGAGAAAGGCGUCGAGGAGGAGGAGGACCACGACCCGAUGGACGGCUCGGACGAGAAGGAGCACAAGAUACUUCUAGUAACGGUCUUCAAAACGGUGAGGUGGCUGACUGCGAAGCUGGGUCCCACGGUGACGUCUCGCUACGUGGCCAGGAAUCUUCUGCGACUGCUCACCACCUGCUAUGUCGGGCCGGAGAAGCACCAGUUCCUGGCCCCCCUGUCGGAGGAGAGCAGUCUGGAGGGCGUGGCCAUGGGCAGCGUGUACGAGAGGAAGCCCGUGGCCGGAGACCUGACGGCAGAGCCGGUCCUGGAGAGCCUGCUCUACAUCGCACAGCUCUACGGGGAGCCGGUGCUCACCUACCAGUACCUGCCCUACAUCGGCUACCUGGUGACUCCGCCCUCGUCGCAGCGUCUGAACACGCGCAAGGAGGCGGGGCUUCUGGGCGCGGUGGUGCUGACCCAGAAGAUCAUCGUCUUCCUCUCGGACACCACGCUCAUGGACAUGCUGAUGAAAAUCAACCAGGACAUCCUGCUGCCCCUCCUGGAGCUGCUCACCACACCGCACAUGGGGUUCCCCAGCGGGGUGCAGACCCGCUCCGCCCUGUGUCUGAAGACUCUGAGCCUCAUGGCGCUGAUCUGUCUGCGUAUUGGGAGGGAGAUGGUGCAGCAGCACCUGGCCGACACGCUGGGACGCUUCUUCACUGUCUUCAGCCUGCUGCGCUGCCUGCAGCCCCAGCUGGACAGCGCCCCCCGCAGGCUGGUGGGGGACGUGACGGUGGUGGAGGUGCGGACCCCGGAGGGGGCGGAGGCGACCUACGAACUGGGGGUGCUGGAGGAGCUUCAGACGGUGUUCAACGCGGAGAUGGCCUACGCCUCCUACAUCCCCUUCUACUGCCUCAUAGGCGACAAAGCCAUCCGUAAACUGGUCCCCAACCACGAGCUGGUGUGGGGCAUGGCUCAGUCCUACCACGAGCGCGUGCGGCCGGCCAGCCCAGACCCCAACUCCGGGGCGGGGCCGGCCCCAACGGCCGCCCAGAGCCACUUCCCCACCCCCUACACCACCUCCUCCUCCGGGUCGGACGGCAUCCCAGAGUCGGGCACCUUCGGCAGCCACCUGGUGGGCAACCGCAUCCAGGUGUCCCGGGACCCCGAGUACAGCAGCAGCCCCAACGCGGGUUUAUCGGACUCCUGGGGCCGGGCGCACCUCGGGGGGGCCGCCGUCGCCGCGGCGACUGGCGCGGCGGACUCCGCCUUCGCCUCGGCGGCGGCGGCGUCGUCGUGGGCGACGGGAGGCUCCACCCCCGAGGACAGCGCACUGAAGAUGGAGCUGCCGCGCAGCGAGAGGUCGCUGCAGGGCAACUGGCUGGCCUACUGGCAGUACGAAAUCGGCCUCAACCAGCAGGACCCGCGCUUCCACUUCCACCAGAUCCGCCUGCAGAACUUCCUGGGCCACACGGGCACGGCCAAGUGCCUGGCGCCACUGGCCGGGGAGGACUUCUUCCUGUCGGGCAGCAAGGACAAGACGGUGAGGCUGUGGCCGCUGUAUAACCACGGCGACGGGACGCGGGAGGUGGAGGCGCGGCUGUGCUACACGGACCACCGCAAGUCGGUGUUCUACGUGGGGCAGCUGGAGGCGUCUCAGGAGGUGGUGAGCUGCGACGGCACGGUCCACCUGUGGGACCAGUACACCGGGAAGCAGAUCCGCUCGUACGAGGCGUUGGACGGGAAGAACCCCAUCACGGCGGUGACCACCAUGCCUGCCCCCCACUGCAGCGUGGUCUUCGGCAGCGCAGACUCCGUGCUCCGCUUCAUCGACCCGCGCAAACCCGGCCUGCAGCAUGAGUUCCGCCUGGCGUACAACAACUUGAGUGCGGGUCUGAUCCGCUACCUGGCCGUGAGCCCUGGGGGCCGCACGGUGGCGGCCGGCUUCUCCUCGGGCUUCAUCGUGCUGCUGGACUCCCGCACCGGGCUCAUCCUCAGGGGCUGGCCCGCGCACGAGGGGGACAUCCUGCAGAUGAAGGCUGCAGAAGGCAACCUGGUGAUCAGCUCCUCGGCCGACCACUCCCUGACAGUGUGGCGGGACCUGGAGCAGAAGCCGCUGCGGCAGUACAAGUCGCCCUCGGAGCCCGUGCACGCCUUCGAUCUGUACGGCUCCGAGCUGGUCACCGGCACGGUGGCCAACAAGAUCGGCGUGUACUCCAUGGCGGACAUCUCCCUCAGCCCCGUCAGCAGCACCAAGCUCAGCUCCGAGAACUUCCGGGGAACCCUGACCAGCCUGGCCGUGCUGCCCACCAAGAGGCUGCUGCUGCUGGGCUCGGAGAACGGCGCCAUCCGCCUGUUUGCUUAGGCUGGAGGCGUAGGGAAGGAAGUGCUGCGAAGGCCCUGGCUCUGUGUGGGGCGCAGGGCGAUUGUGAAACCGAUAAGGCCAGAUGCGUACGCCUCAAAUGUGUUUUUUUGUUUUUUUUUGGUCUGCCUCCUACGAUGAAGCAGCCUUAGUGAGCUAGUUGAAUUCCCUUGCACCCCUGAAGGGAUCCUGCUGCUGCCUGGAGGGGUCGGGACACUGACCAAAGUAGUAGACCUGAGUCUUUCUCUUACUUCCACUGUUGAGAUUUAUUUCUGCACAGCGAAUCACAACCUUGUGCUUAGAGAAGGCUCAUGACUUUCUGCCUUUAAGUGUGUGUGUGUGUGUGUGUGUGUGUGUGUGUGUGUGUGUGUGUGUGUGUGUGUGUGUGUGUGUGUGUGUGUGUGUGUGUGUGUGUGUGUGUGUGUGUGUGUGUGUGUGUGUGUGUGUGUGUGUGUGUUCCAUAUCAUAGGAGAUUCUUAUCUCAAUAAGGUCAGUUAUUAUUUUUGAAAGAAUGAAUCUGAGGACCCGCUCAGGGUGAAAGCAAAUAAGGUUUGAGUGUAGUGUUUACACUUUCCAAACAGAUGCAUACCAACCAACGCCAAAAACACAUCAACGCCGCCACCUCCUCCUCCCUCGUCCCGUAUCACUUGACCCCGCGAUGAGUCCGAAGCACUGAUGAAACUAUGCAGUAUUUGUAGAGCGAUUUUGUUUUUCGUUUGCAUCCAAGUUCCUGUUUUUGGUCAAACCUUUUUCCACAGUAGACUUUUUUUUCUAAACAAUAAAGCUACAGCAGUCGGUUUUCAUGUGACGAUGUUAGUUGAUCUCCUCAGCGUUUUGGUCUGUGUUGGGUGGUCAGCCCAAGUAACAAUGCACAACUCUGGAUCCUUAGCACAACCUGGGGUCUCAGCCACACACGGAGAAACGGUCCAUUUUAAGAUGCUCUUUUUAUUUUUUACACAUUGAUUACUUGAAGUUUCUUUCUGAACAGGUCUUCAGACGUGAAUUAUUGUAUUAACAAUCAGAGGGUCCAUAGUAACACGGCUUUGACGUGACUUUUUAACAUGUAUUCCAAUUGUUAGGAAAUCCAUUUAGGAGAUGUCCCUUUGGGCUGUUAUUAAUGUACCAUCGAUGCAUUGUCAGCACAGAAAAGCAUUGCAGGAGCACAUGGCAAGCCUCAAAAUAAUUUUGUAUUAUAACACUUCUAUGUAAUCACAAAUACAUUAUAAAAUGUAACAAUCUGUUCAACUAAUGGGACGGAUUACAAAAAAACGAAUCAUUUGUAGUCAUGUAGCGCUUUUCUUGUUGCAAAUUGUGCAUAUUAAAUGGCAACUCUUGUAGUUAUCAUCAUUACUUCUUAUGUCAAAAUGCCUCAAAUCAAUGUCUGUUAGUAACUUGUCAAAGCUUUUUUGUCAUGUUCGAAUUGUUUAGCUCUUUAUGCCCACAGAUCAACAAUUUCCAGUAUUUUUAUUCUUAUUUACUUUGAAUCCGAUUUCUAAACUUGGAUUAAAUCUUGACAGACAACUUUGCGUUGAAUUCUAAACUCCUGUUACAUAUGGAUAUUCGGUUGUGAUCCAAAAAAAUUCAAACAUGAAACAUAAAUAACUUGAUUUAUUUAUUAACUUGUUUAAUAAAAAAAAAAAAGACU